UUGAAUUUUCAAUCAAAUUUAUGCCUGCAGCAGUAAAAAAAUGAACACCAAGGAGUUCCGCAGCGCUGCUUAUGAGAUGAUUGACUACAUCGUCCAGUACUAUGACACGAUACGUGACAGGCGUCCUCUGGCCUCUGUGGAGCCGGGAUACCUGCGCCCCUUGAUCCCGUCGUCCGCCCCCACGGCGCCGGAGUCCUUCUCUGACAUCAUGAAUGACGUCGAACGCUUCAUCCAGCCGGGGAUGACGCAGUGGAUGAGUCCUCACUUCCAUGCAUAUUUCCCCGCGGGUAACAGCUUCCCGUCUCUCCUGGGGGACAUGUUGUGUGGAGCACUCACAUGUAUCGGCUUCACGUGGGAAGCGUCUCCGGCGUGCACUGAGCUGGAAGUGAUCAUGCUGGACUGGCUGGCGCAGCUCAUUGGUCUGCCAGAUCAUUUCCUCGCCACUUCACCCGGGUCUGGGGGAGGCGUCAUUCAGGGCACGGCCAGCGAAGCGACUCUGAUAGCCAUGCUGGCCGCCAAGCAGCGAGCUCUCAAAGACUGCGUCGGGCAUCAGGAAAAAGUCAAGAAAGCUCCUCUGCUGGUGGCUUACGCUUCAGAAAUGUCGCACUCGAGCGUGGAGAGAGCAGGUCUACUGUCCAGCGUGCAGCUGCGGCUGCUGCCCACCGACGACACCUUCGCUCUCCGAGGAGCCGCCCUCGCCAGCGCCAUGAAGCACGACGCCGAACUCGGCCUCAUCCCAUUUUGCGUGGUCGUGACGCUGGGAACCACCGCCACGUGCGCCUUCGACAACCUGCAUGAGAUCGGCGAAGUGUGCCGCGGUUACUCUGGCGUCUGGAUCCAUGUCGACGCUGCUUACGCAGGCGCCGCUUUCGUGUGCGAAGAAUUCCGCGGCCCCAUGAAGGGCGUCCACAUGGCGGACUCGUUCAACUUCAACCCCCACAAGUGGCUGCUCGUCAACUUCGAUUGUUCGACCAUGUGGAUCCGUAAUUCGGAAGAGGUCGUUGAUGCAUUUCACGUGGACCCGAUUUACCUGCGCCGCCAGCAUCAAGCUAAUCCAGAAGCGCCUGACUACAGG